CAACAACAUGGCUGUCAACAAGACACCAGUAGCCCAAGCGGUGACCGUAAGCCUCAAGGACCUCGAGAAUGGCGCCGUUUCCUUCGACACCCUCACAGAAGCUUUUGGUCCAGCCUCGCUAGGAAUCAUCGUCGUGAAAGACCUCCCCGAAGAAUUUAAACAGCUGCGCGCACAAGUUCUCUCAAAUUCAUCUUACCUAGCAGCCCUCCCACCCAAAGAACUAGAAUCCCUCGAAAGCCCUGAAUCAAACUACUUAGUAGGCUGGUCUUGCGGCAAAGAGACCCUCAAAUCAGGUCAAUUCGACACAUUAAAGGGCUCCUACUACGUCAACUGCGCUUUCUACCAAGACCCAACCCUAGAUAGCGCGCCUGCAGAUGGAUUCCCCGAUCUACCGCAGUACACGGCACCUAAUAUUUGGCCCUCCCCAGAACAUCUACCAACUUUCAGACCUAGUAUCGAGAGUCUCUGCUCGCUGAUCAUUCAGACCGCGGGACUGGUAGCGCGCGCAUGUGAUCGGUACGCCGAGGCGAAUAUCGAGGACUACAAACCGGGAUAUCUGCAGCGGGUUGUUGAGACGAGUCUCACCACCAAAGCGAGGCUUUUGCAUUACUUCCCUUCCAACGAAGAGACAGUAUCCGCAGAGGAGGAAGACGAGAAAGACGACGAUGAUUGGUGCGCUACGCAUAUCGACCACGGCUGUCUGACAGGCCUUACAUCCGCCAUGUUCCUCGAUGAAGCAGCUACACCCCCAACACUUGAUUCUGCAUCAUCUGCUCUUCCCGAAUUGACUGUUUCCCCGGAUCCCUCCGCGGGACUGUAUAUCCGUUCCCGAGCCGGUGAGGUCGUCAAAGUUAACAUUCCCAAGGACUGCCUCGCGUUCCAGACUGGUGAGGCGCUUCAACUCAUCACACGGGGUAAAUUUCGGGCUGUACCGCAUUUUGUGAAGGGGGCGAAGUGUGGAGAGGGACGGAUUGCGAGGAAUACGUUAGCAGUGUUUACGCAGCCGAAUUUGGGGGAGGAGGUUGAGGCUGGUUUGACUUUCGCGGAGUUUGCGAGGGCAGUUGUGAAAAAGAAUUACUAG